AUUGAACGGCCAUAUUUGUUAUUGUGCUCCAUAAGAAUUUAUUUAGAUUGAUGGAAUUCUGACUAGGAAGUGAUAAUAUUUUCUAAGUUUGUGAUGUAUUUAAUUUCUAUGCAUACUGAUAAUACGAAAUUUGUCCAGGCGCAUAAAAUCUUCAGUGUGUAGGGGAGCAUGCAUAUUUAGCGUUGUGGAUACCCCCUAGAAGUAAUUCGCUGAAUUUCUGCAGCGAAUCUGUUCUUCUAAUUUAGUAUUAAACAGCGAUAAAGUGGCGGGGGCUUCAAAUAAUAAUGGGAAAGGGGGACGAUCAGCCGCCCCAGUCGACGUGGGAUCUCCUUUACUCGACUGGGAGGAAGGAGAUCAUUUUAGUUUUGAAGACUCAGAGCGUUUUGAAGAAGAUUCUUUGUGCAGCUGGACCUCAGAACCUGAGAGUCUGUGCAAUAAUUGGCGAGGAUGGAGAAGACCAAAUCUUCAAAACACUUUCGGUAUUCGCACCACCAAAAAAACAAGUCAAGAAAAAUCAGUAUCAAGCCUUAGUGAAUUAGCAGCAAAGUGUGUAGCUUGUCAUAUUCCCUUUGAGUUGGUUGAAAAUGUUUAUCCACCUGUGCCUGAACAACUUCAACUUCAAAUUGCCUUCUGGAGUUUUCCUGACAGUGAAGAUGACAUUCGACUUUAUUCUUGCCUUGCAAAUGGAUCGGCUGAUGAGUUUCAGAAAGGGGAACAUUUAUUCAGAGACAGAGCUGUUAAAGAUGUCCUACAGAUCGGCUUCCAUUUAUCUGCUACUGUUAUACUAAGUAUGACAAGAGCUCAAUACAAUGUAGCAGUCACAUUUGACAGACAAAAGAUUUCUUCCUGCAAUUGUACCUGCUCAUCAUCGGCCCACUGGUGCUCUCACAUUGUUGCUGUUUGUCUUUACAGAAUACAUUUACCGACACAGGUCUGCUUAAGAGCACCAGUGUCAGAAUCAUUACAGAGAUUACGAAGAGAUCAACUACAGAAAUUUGCCCAAUACCUUAUAUCGGAGUUACCACGUCAAGUAUUGCCCACGGCGCAGAGGAUUUUAGACGAGUUAUUGUCUGCUCAACCAAAUCAGAUAAAUACAACUUGUGGAGCGCCAGAUCCUACGGCUGGCGCAUCGGCUUAUGAGUUCACUUCUUGGUUUUUGGAUGAAAAGACAUUACAUAAUAACAUAAACAAAAUAUUAGUCAAGUUCUGUGUUCCAGCACCAAUAGUAUUCAGUGAUGUGAACUAUCUAAGCACCAGUGCCCCCCCAGCUGCCGCCGAAUGGUCAUCACUAUUGCGACCACUUAGAGGCAGAGAACCCGAAGGAAUGUGGAAUUUGUUGUCUAUUGUACGGGAAAUGUUUAAACGAAGUGAUCGUAAUGCCAUACCUCUGCUCGAAAUUAUUACUGAGGAAGUGAUGGCUUGUGAGCAGAUUAUAGUUUGGUGGUACAGUACGAAGGCAGCUCUGGUGGCUUGGGGGGGCGGCGGCAAACACGGCGCCGCGGGCAACUCCGCCGCGCAGCACGCCUGCUCCUCGCUCUGCGACGAGGUGGUAGUACUGUGGCGUCUGGCUGCUCUGAACCCGGGCCUGGCGCCUCACGAACGAGAUACACUGCACGAACAGUUUGCCCAGUGGCAUACGAAGGUUCUAGAGAAGGUGGCAAAGAAUCGGAACAGCCACAUGAACACGCCCUCGUCGCACCCGCGGCACUCGCGCGCGCACUCGCAUCCGCCCUACAUCAACGGGAUCAGUGAGAACGAAGUGUUUCCCGGAUUCCAUCCCGCCAUGGAAGCCUGUUUCCUCGAGUGGGACGACUAUCAGAUAGCCGGUGUCACGUAUACUAAAGACCUCAAUCCGCUCUACCAUAGUCCAUUUACCAUUUUCCGACAUACGGAUAAGAAUGAUAGCGUUCAUCAGGUUAACUCUUCAAAAGCAGUGCUAAAUAAUGAGAUGUCACUGAGUUAUCGUCUAACAAAUCCAGAUCCGUCACAUAUUGGACAUCGCAAAUUGCUUCAUAGAAACAAUCGAGUAACAGUUGAUAUAGCUAUCCCCGGACCGUCCAAUCAGGCUCGUGGUUCGGGUGAAGGUCCCAGCGACCUAGUACGGGAUUCUGGUCCAAGUGACGGAAAUCAUUCCAGUGUGUCAUCCGAAGGCUUUUGCGAGAACGAAGAGGAAAUACUGCACCAGAGCGGUGGAGACACGGACUCGCAGGAGUCGAGCUCGGCCGGCGCGUCGUCCGACGACGCCGUGCGGCGCGUGUCUCACGACGACUCCGUCUCCGACGACGACUGCAACCUCUACUACUACGACGCCACGGCCGCGAGGCGGGUCGCCGUCGACAGCGCUAACCCGAAUCUAAAUCUUAAUUCUAGCGGCAGCGGAAGCCGCAAUGGAGGAGGCUCGAGCUCGUUCGCGAAUUGGGGCUGCGGCUGGGAGGUAUCGUUUGCGCGCGCAGAGGGGCUGCACGCACACGGACACGCACGGGAAGCCUGCGCACUCGGCGCUUGCUUAGCAGCUGAGCUCCUCGCGAGUCCGCCCGCUCUCGUGUCUCGGUCGAUAGGGUCGGCGGCGAGCACCAGCGUGGGCGCCAGCGUGGGCUCCGUGCUGAGCGCGGCGGCCGAGGCGCGGCGCGCGCGGCGCCGGCACGCGCCCUCGCCGCGCCUGUGCGCCGCCAGCCACCGCCUGUCGUGUCUCGCGUCCGCCACGCUCGCCAAGUGCGCCUUCCUUUGCACGGUGUUAGCAGAGUUUAAUGAACAUCAUGAAUUGGCUUUUCGAGUUGGAUUAUACGCUCUGGAAAUGGCUCGACCGCCUGCUAGUACGAAAGCUCUCGAAGUAAAGCUUAAUAACCAGGAGACGGAACUUGUUGCGUUGUUGAAAAAACUUCCCACUGGUAUUGAACAGCUACUGUUAGCUAGAGAGAAAGCAGAACAGUUACGAGACGGAACUCUCAGAAAUCGUGGCCCAGCCUUACUUCCUAUUGCAUUGGCGAGCUUCCUGUUUGAUGUUCUCGUUCUAUCGGCUACCGAUAAAGAGAAUAAACACUCAGUAUGUUUACCCUUGUAUACUAUAUUUGCAAGAUUACCAUCGGACGAGAUGUUAGGGUUCGAAUCUGCCGUAGCAGCUUUAGGUCUGAAGGCGAAUGUAUCAGAAGCUGAUCAUCCAUUGCUUUGCGAAGGAACACGAAGACAACGAGGAGAACUGGCAAUAACUCUCUUAUCCUUUUAUAAGGAUGAUCCUGUUAAAUUAGCUAGGAUCAUGAACAAGCUACUGGACCGUGAAAUCCAUCAACUAACGAAGAAUCCAAUGGUUAGCAUGUAUUACACAAACAACCCGCGCCUAGCCGCCUACCGCACUGAUACCGCACAAUAUAACCAUCAAGUCCAUUCCGUGCACGCGCAGCAUUCUGCACCUGUCUUACAACAAUCAGCAUCGGCGUGUCCGCUGGUAGGCGACAUGGAGCGGCUGUCUGUGUCGGAGGGUGUCCCCUCCCCGCCCGCCGCGCCGCUCUCCGCGCACCAGGCGCACGCCUCGCCACACGCGCCGCCCCACGCGCUGACCCAUGCGCCGACCCAUAUGCCGACCCACGUGCCGACCCACGCGUCAACCCACGCGUCAACCCACGCGUCGACCCAUGCGUCGACCCACGCGCCGCCGCACCAGACGCUGCCCAGGCUUAAGGACUCCAGAUACAAGGGUAAACGGCUGUACCCAUCGGUACCCAAUCAGCCAUCGGAAGCUUCAGCACAUUUUAUGUUUGAAUUAGCUAAAUCUGUGCUCUUCAAAGCUGGCGGCUCCUCCAGCACAAGUCUUUUCACAGAAACAUCGUGUGCCAGAGAGCAUCAUGGUCCGCAUAGAGGAUUACAUAUGGCGGCAUUCCAAUUGGGUCUAUACGCCUUAGGGCUCCACAAUUGUGUCAGCGCAAAUUGGCUCAGUCGUACUUAUUCUUCACAUGUAAGCUGGAUUACAGGGCAAGCUAUGGAUAUUGGAGCACCAGCAGUUUUGUUUCUAAUUGACGCCUGGGAGGGUCAUCUUACUCCACCAGAAGCUGCAGGAAUAGCAGAUAAGGCGUCGUCGGGCUGCGACGUGCACCUGGUGCGCGCGGCGGCCGAGCUGGCGCUGUCGGUGUUGCCGCACGCGCACGCGCUAAACUACAACGAGAUCCAGCGUGCCGUGCUGCAGUGCAAGGAGCAGGGCGACGCCAUGCUCGAGCGCGCCUGUCUCACCGUCGAGGCGGCCGCUAAGGGAGGUGGAGUGUACCCGGAAGUUCUGUAUACGGUGGCGCGCUACUGGCACGAGCUGUACAUGCGCCAGGCCAACGAGGAGGGCGACUGUGUAUUCGACGAGCCGGCCUACCGCGCGCCACCACCGCUGGCCAUGCCUCUACCCUACCCACUGCCCUACCCUUUCGCCUAUCACCCAUAUCCUCCUCCAAUCUAUCAGCUGCAAGUCACUCAUCCUCCUCAGUUCGGAGGCACAGCAACAGCCCACCCGGGUGCACAGUUCGCCCUGCAGCCCUACUUCGUGCGUGGGAUCGUAGCUCAGACGCACCCGCACCCGCAGCACGCGCCGCACCCGCCGCACCCGCAGCACGCGUCCCUGCCGCAGCACGUGACGCACCCGACGUCCAUAACGGUUAAUGAAAACGUAGUAUAUCAACAGCAUCCGGCACCCAUCCCAGUGUCGAUGCCGACCGGACACGUCCAAAUGCCCACACCUGGAGUCAGUACCGUCGGUGGCGUUGGCGGGGGAGUGAACGCAGUGGGUACAGUGACCACUGUCAGCGGAGUGGGUGCUGUCAGUGGAGUCAGCGGAACGAUUGGUACAGCCAAUGGCGUAGGGCCGCCGGCGUUGCCUCCAGCGCAACUGCGCCGCUUGCUAGCCGCCUAUCGCGUUGGAAUGUUAGCGCUGGAGACUCAGGCGCGUCGAGUACACGAUGACCGCCCUCAAAAUAAAUUUGGAAGAAACCCGCCGUACGGCGAGCACGUGAAGUGGCUGCUACGCAUAUCGAAGCGCCUGGGCGCGCAGUACCUGCACCAGUUCUGCGUGUGCGCGGUCAACUCGGUGGUGUCGCCCUUCGUGCUGUACGAGCUGUGCGUGGAGUCGGCGCACUGGCUGGCGCGUGGCGGCCCCCACCACCUCGUCAUGCAGCACCUGCGCGGCACGCUCGCGCCGCUCGUGCACAAGUGCCAGCAGAUGUACAUACAAUGCAUACAUCAGAAGCUUUACCACCUGACGGCCGUGGAGUACGAGGAGUUCGUCGGCAUCGUCCUGUCGGCGCGGACGGCCUUCCAACUGACGCCCGAGGGCAACACGCAAUUCAAGGAGUGGCUCUCAACUCUGCGCCGAUCCAAGUCGUGCAAGAAGGACCUGUGGACGCAGCUGAACGUGGCGUUGCAGACGAACGGCAAAUGACGCCGGCAGCCGAUAGUUUGUAGGAUGCGGUGCGCCGCGCGCAAACUGUCACACACCCGCCGCUGGCCGCGCUGCCGGCUCGUCUACCAGCUGCGCACCCUCUAACCGACUCGCACAUGAUGCUUGCAAUUCGUCACCCGUAAUAUGUUGAUGCAAGAUCGAUUUCACUCACGCCUUUACGCUACAACAUUCGGUGUACUUUUCUAUUCUGUUCCGAUAUUCGAAUGAUUGUAGUCUGAGGCAAUAUAUAUAAAUAUUCCCACUUUUUUUUUAAACGUAUUAAUGAAAUCGAUCUUUGCAAUUGUGAAAUUUUUCGAAAGAAUUAUUACAAUGUUAAGCAAAUUUAUAGAGUUAUAAUCGAUUACUGUCGAGACGAUCCGUUCGUGUGGUCAGACUUGGAUUAGAAUAUUGUGAGCGGCAAUGCUUAAAAUUAUUAUUGAUGCAACGAUAUGUUUCUGUCGAUAUACAAUCGAUAUUAAAGAUAUCUGAAAUUAUAGUCUGAACGAAUAAAAAAUAUUUUGAGUACAGAUUUAUAAUCGUAGAUAUGUCCUUACAUUGAGAUUACGUAGACAUGGCAAACAAUAAAAAAAAAUAUAACUAGUCUAGUGUCGAUUCGUAUAUUCAACUUAGAAUACGAAACGUAUCGAUGUAAGGCAAUUGGAAGCAAGGUAUUGGCGAUAGAAAUAUAUACCGGAACAAAAAUAUCGCCUUCAUAUCGCUAUUGUUUGCAUCCAUUAUUUAAAUACCUCUUUUAGUUUAAUUUGAAUUAAAACUUGAUAAUAGAAUCGAUCUCAGUUUAAGCAAUUAAAAAUAUAGGACUCAUUGAAAAUAAAAUGUUGCUAGCUCCGGGAGGUAUCUAAAUUUUACAAAAUAUUUUAGUGUUUUUACGAUUUCAUUAGUAGUAAUUCAUAUAAUAGUUCCUUAUAGGACAGUUCGCGUGGAGUAUUGUCGUUAAGACUUAACGAUCGAUUAAAACAAUUUAAUCUAUUAUUCAAACCAAUUCUUCCCUUAAUUAAAUAUUUUAAGUAUUUGAUAAAGUCUGCAUUAGUUAUAUGAAAUAAGUUACUUAAAGUUUUUAAUAUAACUCAAUUUAUUCUCCAACAUGUUCGACUAAAGUAAAGUAAAGCUCAUUUAAAGGUUGUGUCUAAAGUAGUUCGACAUUUCGUUGUAAUUCGUAUACUUUUGUUAAAAGACUAGCGAGGCGAAUUAAUCGUUUAUUUUUUGAAAAAGGAGCUCGCAACAUUUCUCUUAUUUGCUUAAUUUGUUCAUUAUUUCACUGAAUCUUUUACUGUUAUCCGAAGCCAGUUAUUAGAUAUUAAGGUUUCUGUUUGCGUGUGUUGUGUUAUAUAGUCAGAAAUAGCACAAAAUGUUUUCAUAUAUUUUGCUCGCUUCAAUAUUCGUCCGUAUAUUAUUUUAAUACACUUUACUAGUCAACUUUUAGGGGCAUCGUUACCCGUCAAGUGGCUUUUUUAGUUAAUUUUUUUUUAAAUGAAACGUUUUAUUUCUAUAUCUUCUAAAAUGAUCUCUUAAUAGUGUUUGUUACUUUACGAGAGGUAUUGAAAUAAAAUAUAAGUGAUUAUAUUGUCCAUCUGAAUUAUUUUAGUGAUGCUGCAGCACAAUUUUAGGUGAAUUAUAUAUUUUUUUAUUUUGUCGAUAAUGGUAUCACUUUGAUAAACUUCCUUAAAUUAAUAUUGCUCAAUAAGUCUUUAAAAUAUUAAAAUAAUCGACGCGAGCCCCAUAAAUCACGAUUUCAAUUGUCCAUUUAUUUAACUAAAUUAAAGUGUUUUUACUUAUUGUGUUCGCAUUGUACUCGUUUAUUAUUUAAAUAUUGAUCUGACUGGUAACGUAAGUGAAGAAGAUGAUGUGAAAUGAUAAGAGAUAAUGUGACUCGUACGUGUUUUAAUAUAGAAAAAGUCAAAAUAUGAGCAUGUCGAUAAUAUGGUUAGUAUCCAGUAACUGUAUAACUUUAUAAUAUACUCUACGUAUGUCUGAUGAGACAUUGUCGCGUGCCACGUUUGGGAAUCACUGUAUGACCUUGUUUAACGAACAGGCAAGAUGAAAAUUCAAAAUUUACCAUAGUCCAUUUUAUAUUGAAAAUUGGCUAAGUCAUUUCAAGUGACCUAAAAUAGUCGUUAGACUACAGAUUUAUUAGGCAGAAUGUAGAUGAUAGCCGUCGAUUCACUAUUUUUGAUAUAAUCUUGUCGAAAUUUGCAGUUUGAUGGACGUUUAAUAAAUAAGGAGUUGCGUUAAUACACGUAACGCGAGUUCGUUUAGCUAGAGUAACUUUAUUUACAAGUUUAUAUUAUAUGUAUUAUUAUAUUACUGUCGUAAAACAAUGUAGUAUCUUGAAAGCCCUUUGAAAUAUUACUAUAUUACGAGUAAGGUGUGGAAGUCGACGACUAAACUCGUCAUUCCGAUGUCUAGCAUAAUUUUUCAUCUGCAUUCGUAACGGUGUAGCAUUCGAUGUCGCUACUUUCGCAUUCGAAUGUAAAAUAUAAUCAUAUGAGAUACAUUUGAUAUCUUCCACUUUCGAAAGCAAUGUUAUGUAAUAUCAUCUUAGUAGAUACAAUAAAACUUAUAAUACUGUUUUAUAAAAUUGCGUUAAAAAAAUACCUUUUAAGAGUUAUAUCAAUUUAUUCUGUCCUAAGAGAUAGGAAGUUCCUCUUUAAAACUAACAUUCGUGAAUCUAGAUAAUAUCUUCAUUAGGUGAAGAAUAAGAAUAUUUUUAAAUUGUCGCUAGAUGAAAUUUGAUUUUGAAUAUUAUUAAUCAGUUCAAAAAUAUUGUUUUGGACGAAGGUAUUUUUUUAUAGUGUAGUGGAAGCUAGUGUUGAGCGCGGAAUAAGGUUUCUCUUCAAUUUGAUUUCUUAAAUACCGAUAGUAUUUCUCUUAAUAUAAAGAUCAAAGUGGCGGGAAAUACAUAUUACUAACAAAAUAAUAAUAAUAAUACAGUUAUUGAAACAUUGUUACAUUCGCGACCAUUUGUAAUUCAAACCAUUCUAAAAAAAUGUAUUUGAGUAUUAAACCAACCGGAGGCGGCAUUGCCCCUCUAUCGAAGGUCGAGCAGCUCACCGGACACGCAUUACAUACAACUAUUCGCCCCUAGUUCAGAACCAGAAAACAAACCAUGGCGGGAUGUGCUUAUAUGCACGAAUACCAAGAAAAUGUCGUAAAAUACUAAAAAUGACAACAAUUACAGUUGUCUUACAAAAAAAUAGUAGGCGUUAACUCAAUAAGAUAACAUGCCUUUAUAUUUUUAAGAAUUUUAUAUUUAUUUUAACUUCAGGUUGUGUUGUGCCAAUUUAGAUCGUAAAUAGAGUUUUACAGACAAAACCUGAUAAAUUGAUAGUACUAUUUCUAAUAGUUAAACACUGUUGGUCUAGUGUUUAAUGAUAUUAUUGUUUAUUUCGAUGCCCUGGUUUAGUAGUUAUUAAUUGAAUUAUUAUUUUCUGAAUAUGUCUAUUAAACGAUUGGUAAAACUGGUUACGUUCUUUGUAUAAAACCACAGGCUUCUCUCGUUCAAAUUUAUAGACUGUACUGAAAGUUCGAGGUCACCGGUAGAUUUAAUUGAUACUCAAAGAAAAUUAUAUCAGUAAUUUUUUAAAUUAUUCUUUCUUGGUUUAACUUUAACUACAAGAAUAUUUAAAAAAAAAGUCAUUUCAUGUCAACUUGAACUUCUUAAAAUAAAAAUUCUAAUUGUUUCUUCCAGUUACUUCCAGACUAAAAUUAUAAAAUAAAAAUAUUUACCGAAAAUAUUGUUGUUAAUAAAUUAGUUUAUGUGUGAAACAUUUGCAUUAACGUUACGUUUAAUAACUUCGACACUGAGUAUCGAGAAAGUUGUAUUUUUAUCAGACAUUGGAAUGGACGGUUUGUCGCCGGCCUCGGCAACGAAUAGAAUUAGUUCAAUAUUUUUAUUAAUUAGGUGUUUGUGCAUUCAUACGCGUGAAUGUUCUUUGCAUUCAGUAGGUAGUAAAUUUUAGAAUGCUAGUUAGUAUAAAUUCACUUUCGACAUCGAUGAAUGAAUUUCUAUCAUAAUCCUCUAAAUUGGCCUUCGCAUCGCACAUAAAUGUUCGAUGGUAUCUUUUAAACUUACCAAUUGACCCGUAGCUCUCUAGCUGCAGUAAGUACUUAUUGAUCCCAUAUAUGUUUCCGUUACCGAGUCGUUAAUAAUGCACUUUGAGAUUUAUGUAAAUUGAAUAAUGAACGUAUCAAUUAUUUUUCAGUAAAGUCAAGUAAGAUAAGAAAUUUUAGAAUUAUAGAACAAAUUGAAAGAGCUCUUGAGUAUAGUGUAGUUGCUAUUUCAAAUUAAAUACUUAAAAAUACUUCAUAGUAACUUGCCGUCCAUGAUUAUUUUGCAGCCUUUUCUCAAGGUACAUGUAAGAGUAAAUAAGAUAAUUUGCCAUUUAUGUACAUUUGCAUAUUUCUGAAUUAUAUUUCACGAACGAAAUCUGAGGAAUGUUUUACGAGUGUUUCGCUUUUGUGCAAAGUUGCAUGGAUUUACGAUAUAACUUCCGAAAUUUUAAGAACAGUCAGACUUUGUUAGCUGCAGUUGGAUCACUUUUGAGAACCCGUCAAAUUUCAGCGUCGAUUAGACGAUGAGUUGGGAUUAUCGAUCUUCCCGUUUCGUAACACAGUGGAUAUUGUUCUCGCUACUAUCUCUGUUAACUUUGCGCAGAAGCAAUUAUAAUGUAUCGGAAUUGCCGUUACUGCAUCUGUCAGAGUUCGCAAGUAAAAUGUCACGUAAAUUUUGCUCGAUAGGCAUUAUUAACAUUUUCUGGUAUUUUUAAGAACAUUAAAACAUAUUUCAAAUUUUCAGAAAAUAAUAUUUGAAGUAAAUUCGUUUCAAAAACCUAUUUUUACACUAUAUUAAUCAUAAUAUAUAAUAUUGAAAAAAAAAGAUGAGAAGGUAUAUCGUAGUUUCAUAAUUAUAAGACGUUAGUACGGAGCAUAUUUUAAUUAGAUGUUUAAUGCAUGUCAUAGUUGUAAUCUGCCCAGUUUCAAGCAAAAUUGCAAAAUUUCAUAAGCGUUGUGGUACUUUCAUUUGCAGAAUGUUGAUAUUUUACAUAUCAGUUGAAUUUACGUGCAAUUCUUUGGUUUCGUUAUAUACUCAAUUCUUCCAGUGUUCAAAAGUAUAAGUUUAUAAUCACAAUUUGUAGUAAUAUAUAAACCUAGAAACAUAACUAAUCAUAAGCAUGAACGACAUCAAUAUGGAUAUGACGUACAGUAAUUUGAUUUCAUCAUACAACACGCUAAUAAAGGUUUCGGUGUGCCCCGAGACCAGAAUUAUAACUUCCUUAUGCAGCCAAUAUUACUUGUAUGUCCGUUCCACGAUAUUUGUCUUUCUAUGUAUCAACCGUGUUGUGUAGAAAUGUUCCAAUCCACUUAAAAAAUUUAUUAAUAUUUCAAAGAUAAAACGAUUUUUAUAAUCACAGUACCUGUUACAUAAUGUUAUGAUUUUUUUUUAAAUAAUAUGCAACACGAUUUACUGUCACUAAAAAUAAUUUUCUUUUCUACUAUAUCUUAACAAUAUUUAGUGUCAGUAGUGUUUAUGCCGAUUGGAACAUUUCCACACCACGCUGUCCGUAUAAACAUGGGCCUCUCGAUUUAUCAUUUAUUAUAAUUUAGGUACAUUAAAACACUACUCUGGUUACAUAGUCAUAUCCAGAUGUAUAAAAUAGUCUAGUCGACUAAGAAAUCCACUCGAAGCCGUUGAUAUUUAAUAAUAUACCUAGGUCACAACACAGUCGCAGUGUAAUAUGAGCAGAACGCUUAAACUUGGUCUUGAUUAUUUAUCAUUUUAUACACCUGGAUUGUAGUUUUAUUAUAAACUAUGUAAGUGUGUUGUCCGCCUAUUUAAAGUGUAACCAUUACGAUUGGAAUGGCUACUUAUUAGUGUACGUAAUAAGUUUAUGAAUAUAUAUAAUAUUGUAUCGUCCAUAUCGCAUGUUUUCGUUCGGUAAUAAAACUAUAUCCCUGAUUUUUAAAUAUAUGAAUAAUGUGGAUGAAAUUUAUCUCUUUCUCUAAAGAUACCUUCGAUUUACUGGCUUCCAUGUAAUUAUUGCUGUAAUAAAGAAUGAUAUGAACAAGCGUCGAAAUAGUUAAUUGAAGUCUCAAUAUCAUCGGGAUGUCUGUAAACAAGUCUUGCUCGUAUUCAAAUAUAACAUAAUAUUACUGGAACCAUCCGUUACUUGUUUUCUGACAUCCUGCUUAAAUAUAAGAGUGCCCAUACAUUUUAUAUGAUUAUUAAAUUAUAAGCACUAGUGCUCCGUUGUCACAAAUGGUUGUAAUAAUAAAAAUUAUUAUUAUUAGUAAAUUGAUAGACUGUUGUGCACUAUUUCUGGUUCAACAGUGUCGACUCUUCCCCGCACGUUGUCGCUUUAUAUGCAAACAAUGUUUUCUCGUUCUGAACACUUUGUGAUGACAGGUUCGUGUUGAAUGGCUUGCGGUUGCAUGUGAAACUACAACGUAUGCGUUACAAAACAAUUGGUAUAUUUCCUAAUUGCAAUAUAUCUAACAUUAAAUAUAUGUUUUUACUUAAACUAAAAUAUUUCGACCUCUAAAUAAUUUUAAUAAUUACUUUUACGGAUACAUCUAAGUCUUUUUUGGCAAAAUAUUUGAAGUAACAUUAUUUAAUUAUUCAAUAUACUUAUUCUAUAUUUAA